CAUCAUCAGGAGAUCAGGCCUCUUGUUUCCAAGAUGGACGAAGAGGGAGAGAUGAGCCUCGAUGUCAUCAAUGCUCUCUUUCAACAGGGCUUCAUGGCUAUGGGCGUCGGUACUGUUGAGGGUGGUAGUGACAUCUCUUUUACUGACAGUUUGCUCGUUAUCAGGGAGAUCAGCAGAGUUGAUCCUGCCGUGGGCCUUUUCCUCUGCUCGCAUAACCAUUUGGUUUUGCAAGCUGUCUGCCAGCACGGAACGUCGGAACAAAAACUGAACUACCUGCCAAAAUUGUGCUCAGACACGGUUGGUUGUUUCUGUUUGAGUGAAUCUUCCACCAGUGCCAGGGCCCCCUUCUCCGUGCAUUGCACAGCUACCCGCGAUGAGGAAAAGGGUGGCUUCUUCUUGAAAGGGAACAAACAAUAUAUCUCCAACGCAAAGGAGGCGGGGGUCUUCCUUGUCAUCGCCACAACCAAUCCUGAGAAGCCAGAAGAAGGCCUCUCAUGUUUCAUUGUCGAGCGCGAGACAAACGGUUUGACUGUUGGGAGGAAUUUGAAUAAAACCGGAGUUAGAGCCACCUCCACAUGCGAAGUUUCCCUGCAGAAUGUUUUUGUUCCGGAAAGUCAGGUGCUGGGUCCACUAGGCGGGUGGAAAGAAUUGACUGAAAAUAUUCUAAGCGGCAACAAAAUUGCUAUUGCUGCUCAGUUAUUGGGGCUCGCAGAGGGUGCCUUUGACGCUGCUGUUCCGUUUUUGAUUGAAAAAGAGAACGCAGAACAAAAACGACUGAAAGACUUCCAGGGGAUUCGUUUCAGGGCUGCCGAGCUGGCGUCGGAGAUAGAGUCUGUCCGCGCGCUGGUCUUAGCAGCUGCGUUGUUGAGAUCCCGAUCUUUAUCUGUGAAGAAGGAAGCAGCAAUUGCAAAGUACAAGGCAUCAUUAACGGCAGAGAAAGUGGCAAGCGCAUGCAUCGAGUUCUUCGGGGGUUUGGGUUGCAGCAAGGAUUUUCCCGCGGAGAAAUACUUGCGAGACGCUAAGAUGGGGGCAUUGUAUGGAGGGACCAAUAAUCUACAGAUGGAAACCAUAUUUGAUUCGAUUGAGGAGGAAUACGUGUAG